UUAUAUGAACCGAGACCAUGAUCAAGACUUAUUUUGUGCCAUAAAAGCUUCUUUUGUGGGUUGAAAAUAAUAUUUCGAGCAUACUAUUAUGUAUCUUCAAAUCUCUAAAUGAAAACUGGAAAAGUGUUAUAAUUCUCAUCGUAGCUCUUUCAAAUAUUGAUUUGUAAUUCGUUUUGGUAGAUCAGAAACACAGAUGAGAAAUGCCGCAAACACUGAGCUUUGCACCAGAUGCUUGGAAAUUACUGAAUGGCAUUUUCUGUGUUUAUAAACCGCCUGGAGUAUUUUCUAUUCAUGUUCGCAAUACUUUGGCAUUUAAUUUAUGUAGAGAUUUGAAUGAAAUGAAGAAGAGGCCACCUAAUAAUCGAGUCCUCUUGAAAGGAUCUGUAUGUUCUGAACAACCCCUUGCAGUAGAAAUCCGGCCUAAUUAUGCUGAUCAUGAACUAGUAUCUGGACCACGUUAUCAAAUGCAGGACAUCAGAAUGAGGUGGCUCUAUUGUCUUGGAAAAAACACUAGUGGAGUCUUUGCUAUGACAGUAAAUGAUGGCUGUAAAAGUUUGUCAACAUUAAGUUCCAGUAACUUUCUACGAAAGUACGAAGUUAAAGGACAGUUUGGUAAAGCUACUACAACUUUUAUGUCGGAUGGAAAAGUGAUGCAACGAACAACUUACUACCAUAUACGUCAUUCAGCUUUAGAUCGUGUUUUAGCUUCUAUACAAUCUUCUCAUCAAUCUCUUGCGUAUGAGUAUGCAGGAGUAAACAUUCAAAGCCAAGAAGCAUAUGAAAUGGCCAGCAAAGGAGUCAUACGACCCAGUGGGAAAUCAAACCCAAUUAUAUAUAGCAUUAAAUGUACAGAUUUCAGCCUGCCUAAUUUUACUUUAGAAAUUCAAUGCAUCAAUGAAAAUGAAACAUUCUUGGCAGAGUUGGUUCAUCAAAUUGGCGUUUAUUUACGAAGCACUGCCUUCUGCACACAACUGAGACAACUUCAGUUUGGCCAAUUUACCUUAGACCAUGCACUUCUAAGAAAGCAUUGGACUUUGGAAAACAUUCUCAGCAACGUCACCCUGUGCAAAGAAUUAUUAGACGGAGGAAACAUGACUCCCAACAGUGCUCAUUUUGAGAGUGUCAAGACAUCAAAAUCAGAGAACAUUGUGGAGAGAAUGCAAAAUGAAAUGAGAGAAGAUGCUUUAUAGAGAGAAGUUUUAAACUGUAUAUAAAUUAAAAUUGCUACUUGUUCCUCGACUAUCCAAAUAAAAAGACU